CAAGGAGCACACAAGAUAUUGACAUGAAAAUAUUAAUGGUAACUCUGCUCUUGACAAUAGAUCAUUGGGCCAAUGCGAGGAUAUUCAAUUAUACCAGCUCCAACUACAUCCCAAUAACAACAGGGAAAGUGAUCCUCCACGAACACUAUGAGUUUCUACUCCACAAGACAAACUUGACAGAAUGCGAAGCGAUAGCGGAAGAGACGGACGCAAUAUUGGAGCUGAAAACAGUCACCUUUGGCGUCAAUUGCGCUCCCUAUCUUGCAAUCCGUAUGCUUUAUCAGUUAGCGCAGGAUUGUCAAGAUGAAUUCCCGCUCGCCAACAAUAUCCUCCUACGUGAAACAUACGUGGACGAUAUUCUCUCAGGCGGCACAAUAUAUAGUCCACAAUAA